AUGGAGAGAAUAGCAGAGAUUCUAUUCCUCACAACACACAACAGGAUGAGGAAGACAAACAAGACACACAGUGAUAGUUCACGAAGAAGUGAAAGUAAUAGCUACACUUCCGGCGGUAAAAGAAAGCGGAAGUCGCGUCAUCGUCAUGAUCGUCACCGGCAUCAUCAUCAUCGUCGUGAAAGGGAUGAUUCUUCAUUGGAAACAACAGAAGCCUUCAACAACGAAGCUCUAGAAUCGUCUGACCGUAUUCUGGCCAUGCAGUACCGAGUUAUGGCGACAAUACUGGAAACAGUGGACAAUCCUGUGGACGCAUUGGCACGAUGCAGAGUGUGCAUUGAUGAACUACACUCCAUGGCAGCUGUGAAAAACAGUUUAGAUGUUCAGCUAAAAAGAGGAAUCCGGGCAGUCAGGGGUUUGUUCAGUAAAGAGGAAAGGAGGGAAAUCAUCUGCAAUGUCUAUCAUGUGAAUCGUGUCAUCUACGACGUCACGGUAGCGGUUACUCAAGGUUUGUCUCUUGCGAUCUAUCCUGCUCAUAUUGUUGACACCGGAAAAGAAAACCUUCAAAUAUUGUCGGACGAACGAGUAAGCAAAGUUCUGCGCAAGAAUGGAAUGGAACACUUUUGUGUAACACCAUGGUCAUUCGGUCAGGAGGGCGAAGAAGAACAACAUCUAAGGUGGCCGACAGGUAUCGCUACAAACUCCAGCGGAGAAUUCGUUGUCGGUGAAUUUGAAGAUUGUCAUGUAAAGGUGUUUGACAGAAACGGCACCUUUGUGGAACAAAUCAGUCUCCCUAACGAGGACGCAAAUACAAAGUUAUGUAUUUGUGAUGUUGCCACAGACAUGAACGAUAACAUAUUUGUGCUGACCAUCCUGGAGAAGCCUGGGACUGAGAUAUCUUUUUGGGUUUACAAACUUACUAAAGCCGCUGAUCUGGUUCACAAGUUUCGUCUGAGAGGAAAGGACUGGUACAGAGGACUGUCGGUCAGUGAUACAGGAAAAGUAGUGACACUGAGGGGCAGGACAUUGGAGGAAUAUGACACUGAUGGAAAGUUUGUUCGAAAUUUCGGAAAAGGGAUAUUGAAGGAACCGAGGCAUUCCAUUGUUUCCAAUGAUGGCCGUGUUAUGGUAGUGGAAAGAUUUGAAUCCUGUGUUCACAUAUUUAGUGAACGCCGCGGCGACCAUCUCAACAGUUUUGAACUGCAAAGCUCAACUGGCUUUGGUUCAGUUAGGCUCGCAUUUCACCGAGCAGGUGAACAUGUCAUCGUCGCUGGUGCUGAAGAAAAGAAAGACCUGCAUGUAGAAAUCUACACCAAAAAUGGUGAAUUUGUGCGCAGCGUACAAAUCCAACAGGAAGGUAACUAUUCGGUCGAGGGGAUUACAGUGACUACUGAUGGACGCAUCGCUGUUGUUUUGAGUUUUUGGCCAACCAAAGGAAGUAAAGUACUUGUUCUGUGAACGCCUGGUAUUGCCGUUUUCACUCGUUAUUGACGUUCCUCCUUCCCACCCUACCCCAGUAGCAAUAAGCCGUGAUGUUUUGGAAAGCUUUUACGAGGAACUGUAAGUUUUUCCAAAACAGUAUUUUUUUUUUUGGUCGAACCCUGUUAUAUAGUAAUUUCCUGAGUUAUAAAGUUAUCAAAUGGAAACACACACUUCAGAACCGAUAUUACAUAUUACAUUUGAUUGAUGUGAGAAGGGAGGUAACUUGGAAACCAUAAACAAGUUGAAUUUCCUUAUUUAGAUAGGCCAGAGUUAAUAGAGGGAACUCUGGAUAGGCAUAUUCUGGAAAGUUUUCUUUUUUCUGUGUAAUGGAUUGUUUUGUACGUGGCCAUAUUUUAUGAAUGACUCCAAUUUCAGAGUUAACAGCAAUGAUGCAUUACAUUUCACAUUAUAAGCCUGACCGAGACUAAUGAUAAUGUUUCCAAACUUUUCUUAUGUUACAUUUUUCUGUUUUUCUAUAUGAUUAUGUAGUUUUCAUGCCGCAAGUUCCAGAAUGAUUGUACAUUAUAUUAAAAGUUUCUAUUACCCAUAAGUAUAUUUGCUUUUGUUUUCAGUAGUCAAACCUCUCAGAACUUACUAAUUAAGUAACACGAAAUUUCUGCAGAAAUUUUAUGUUACAAAUUGGUAGUUUCCUAAUUCAGAAGUGAUAUAAAGUUCUGCCGCAAACGUAUUUUUGCUGUCCAAGCUGUACAAUUUCAAUGUUUCCAAUAUAUUUAAUAGUUAACAUGAAAACAUGUCAGUAUUCCAACUAUUGUAUGAAAAGUAGAAGCAGAAGUUCCGUUUAACUGGUUCAGAACAUUUUAAGCUAAUUGCAUUGUUUCUGUUAGUAGAAAUCUUGAUCUCAGAUACACUCUGUUCAUGAAAGAGAAAAUGUUUAAUGAAAUGAUUUUGACAGUGAUUAUAACGAAAGUAGAGACAUUUUUUUUACCCUUUUCUUUCCUUGAGAUGUGAAGUGAAAAGUAAUUCUUCUCAAGAUGUAAAUGAAUUCUCUCAAAUGAUUCGUUGGCUUGUCUUGAGAAAAAAGAAUUAUGUACAAUCUAGAUCUUCUGAUAAAAAAUUAUUAAUCUUUGCUCCCUCUCUGAGUUUUAAGAUUUCAAAGAGAAUAGAUAUGGUGAUAGUUCAUAAAUUAAAAGGGUUUUGCUUAGACAUUGAUGAUCAAGAGGUGUGUAAAUAAGUUAUAUUUUUGAUCAUAUUGUCCCAAAUGAAAUAAUUUUAAGGGUGUUUGCUCAUUAUAAACCAAUGUGUUGAAUGUUACCUCUUUCUAGUUUCAGUAGUUAACAUGUCAGUGAUCAAAUGCCAAAGUUUCUAUUAUAGUUUAAAUUAGAUUUUUACUUGCUGUUUCAUUAAAUAUAUAUCGCUAAAAAAGUUUCUUGUUAAUCAAUUUUGUGUAACCUAAUUGACUGUAAAGCUUUUGCACUUUUUUUGGAUUAUUAGUUUUUAUUGUCAUUUUUAAAUCUCCUUUCGAGAUUUUCUAUAUUUCAAGGAGGAUCCUUUCGAAAAUAAAUUUUGAGGGGUGACUGGAAGUCUUCUCAGGAAACAUUUGCUUCUAUAUAUUGUUAAAUGUUUGUUUUGGCAUACAAGAGAAAAGUCUGAAAUUGAGUAUUCCAAAUGUAUAACAUGAUUUACAUACUAUCGUGAAGUAUUUUGUGGUUUAGUAGCUUUGAUUUUGAAAAGGUGCAAAUAAGAAAUAAACAAAUGUCGUUUA